AUGGACUCUGCUAUUGGUCUUCCUCUGAAUCCUUCCAAAAAGGAUUCUGUUUGGGUGAUUGUAGAUCGACUCACCAUGUCAGCUCACUUUAUCCCUGCUCGGGUUCUGGAAGGCUCUGCACGAGAUCUGGUCGAGUUUGCUUAUAAUAACAAUGAACAUGCAAGUAUUCGUAUGCCACCGUAUGAGGCUCUCUAUGGACGUCGAUGUGAUACUCCUAUCUGUUGGACAGAGUUGCAUGAUAGGAAGACUUUGGGUCCAGAGUUAGUUCGAGAGACUGAGAAUACUAUCAUACUGAUUCGUGAUCUCUUAAGAGAGGCAUUUGAUAGGCAUAAAUCAUAUGCAGAUCAAAGAUGGAAUGAUAUCGAGUUUGAGGUUGGGGAUCAAGUCUUUCUGAAGGUAUCUCUGUGGAAGAAUGUACUGAUAUUUAGACGUAAGGGCUCGAUUUGCCUCCCCAGCUCAAUUGUAUCCAUGUUGAGGCAAUAUCAUCCAGAUCCGGGUCACAAUAUUCAGGACGAAUAUAUAGAGUUAAGACCUAAUUUGUCCUAUGAUGAGGAGCACAUUCAGAUUCUAGAUCGAGAUGAGAGAGUUCUUCGGAACAAGUGUAUUCCGAUGGUCAAAGUUCAGUGGAGUAAUCGUGCCCCACAGAAAUACCUGAGAGAUAUUGGAGUCGAUAGAGACUUAGUUUUCACAUAUGUUUAG